AUGUCUCAAUACAAUACAUCACCAUGGCCGAUACAGGAUAUUAUCUAUACCGCCAUUGUUGGCUCAGUCAUGAUUGCUGCCUUCGUCGAAUGGUUUAUGUGGUUGGCAGCUUUCAUGUACUGUUUGGUGAAGGUGUUCCAAAAAGCCGAGCACUGGUCGGUCAAGGUUCUAGCUGUUGUAGUUGCAAUAGUCUUCACACUGCUGCGAUGUAUUUUCCUCCCUAUCAUGGUCGUCACACUCCCAUUACCUAGCGAAAUUACCCAAUACUUCCCGCUGUCGAUGGUAACUUUCCUUCAAUGGUUCGGCUUUUGGUCAUUCGCCGCUCUCUUGACAGUUCCAUGGCUGUUCUGCGUAUAUCAAUUGGUCACACACUCGCUCGGCCGAACAAAGCGCAUAAAACAAGUUCUAGACGAACACACAGCACCGAAAGUUGUCAUUGUGAUGCCGUGCUACAAAGAGGAUCCGGAUAUCUUGGUCACAGCUGUUGAUUCUGUUGUGGACUGUGAUUAUCCACCUUCCUGCAUUCACGUCUUCCUGUCGUUUGAUGGAGACCAAGAGGACGAGCUCUAUUUGAAGACCAUUGAAAAACUCGGAGUGCCGCUGUCCCUCGACUCGUAUCCAAAGAGUAUUGACGUUACAUACCGAACUGCACGUAUCACUGUCUCCAGGUUCCCUCAUGGAGGAAAGAGGCAUUGCCAGAAGAAUACGUUCAAGCUAAUCGACAAAGUCUACACAGAGUACUUGAAGCGUAACGACAACCUUUUCAUCCUGUUCAUCGACUCUGACUGCAUCUUGGACCGGGUAUGUUUGCAGAAUUUUGUUUAUGACAUGGAGCUGAGCCCUGGUAAUACUCGAGAUAUGUUAGCCAUGACCGGAGUCAUCACUGCAACCACGAAGAAGCAUAGUUUGAUUACUCUACUGCAAGACAUGGAAUACAUUCAUGGUCAGCUCUUCGAACGGACUGUGGAAUCCGGCUGUGGUGCUGUCACUUGUCUUCCAGGAGCCCUGACAAUGCUACGAUUUUCAGCUUUCAGAAGAAUGGCAAAGUACUAUUUCGCCGAUAAAGCCGAGCAGUGUGAGGAUCUCUUCGAUUACGGAAAGUGCCAUCUUGGAGAAGAUAGAUGGUUGACCCAUCUCUUUAUGAUAGGGGCCAAGAAACGAUAUCAGAUUCAAAUGUGCACUUCUGCAUUCUGCAAGACCGAGGCCGUCCAGACAUACCAGUCUUUGAUCAAGCAACGCCGACGAUGGUUCCUUGGUUUUAUUACCAACGAAGUCUGCAUGUUGACAGAUAUCAGAAUUUGGAAGCGGUAUCCAAUCUUAGCUGUGGUUCGAUUUAUGCAAAACACGAUUCGGACAACGGCUCUCCUGUUCUUCAUCAUGGUCCUUUCGAUCAUUACCACAUCCAAGAAGAUUGCAGAUCUCCCAGUUGGAUUCAUUGCGAUAUCUUUGGGUCUGAAUUGGGCUAUGAUGAUUUACUUCGGUGCAAAACUUCGACGAUUCAAGAUCUGGCUUUACCCACUUAUGUUUGUCGUCAAUCCCUUUUUCAAUUGGUAUUACAUGGUUUAUGGCAUCUUGACUGCUGGCCAACGUACAUGGGGUGGACCACGAGCGGAUGCUGGUUCUGCGGAUGUCAAUACAACUCCUCAACAAGCCAUCGAGAAGGCAACAGCUGAUGGCGAUGAUCUCAAUGUGGUUCCUGAGACCUUCAAGCCAGCUGCUGAGGCUCAGAACAGUCAACUCGUCAGAACUGGUCUUUCAUUGCAGCCGCCUGACCGCGUGGAGGGUCGCUUUGCAGCAGCUGAGCUCCUACCCGGCGGGUGGUACCACCAACAAAAUGACUCUUUGGUUAGCACGACUAUUGGUGGAAUGGCUGGACAAGGCCGGCCUCCCGUACAUCCUAGAGACUCGUUCGACUCCAACUUCUCAGCAGGAACGAUCAGCUCGGUAUACAUGCCACGACGUGUUGAGAGUAUUAUGGGUGAAGAGGACAGGAAAAAGUAUGCUAUGGCCCAGGCCAGUCAAAGAGCCGCUGGAGGAGCUUAUUUCACUGGGCCUCCUGUUGGACAUAUUUACGAGCUAUCCGAAUCAGAACUACGCAAGGCUGGAUGGAAAGAAUCUGUCGAGUCGCUUGGUUACAAUGCUCGUCCGUCUCACGGGCGAAAUAACAGCUACAAUAGCGUAGCUUCAGGGGAUGGAGCAUCUCCUCCCAGCAGCUCACCGGCGUUGGAAGCCCCACCCACUGUACUUGCACUUCCACCUGCGGCAUCUACUGGAAGUAUUCAAAAUCGUCGCAGUCCUUUGGCCAGAGUCAGUCUCGUCAGAACGGCAUCAAACGAGGAAGACGGUAUUGAGCUCGAUGACCAUUCGCGACAGUCUCCAGCUGAGUCGCCAAUCUUGCAUCCAGAACGGUCACAUCCACCUUCAAGGCCGGGUACAGGACACGGAACUUGA